AUGAAACAGUUACACCUGAUAGUGACUAUUCUUUCUGGUCUUUUAUUAGGAGCACAGUCAUUUAAUUAUAGGGAUCGUAAAGAUUGGGGUAAAAACUUUCCAGUAUGUAGCGAUGGGCAACAUCAAUCUCCCAUACAAAUGGUUCCAGAUUCCAAGGGUGAAUUUCCAAUGUAUGGUACAGGAGGGCAAAUUUUUGACUUUAAUCUACUUCCAGACGAAAUUAUCAUGACAAAUAAUGGUUACACUGUGGAAUUAAAACCUAAAUGGUCUGAAGAUACUCCAAGGGUAACGGGUGGUCCUCUAAAAGGAACUUACGUAUUUGAAAAAACCACUUUUCAUUGGAGCAAAUACAAGGGUAACGGGAGUGAGCACACUUUAUAUAAUGAGAAGACGAAAAAAAAUUUUGAGUACGAUAUGGAGAUGCAGAUGUAUUUUUAUAAACAGGAGUACAAAACAUUUACGAAAGCUAGAAAUCAAAAAGGCGGUCUUGCAGUAUUUGUAAACUGGCUUAGGCUCCAUGAAUUCUGGAAAAUAAAUCUGGCUAUGGGAUAUCCAUCGAAUAUUAGACCUCCCCAGGCGCUAAACGGUCGUGAAAUUAAGACUGUGCAGUUUACUGCUAAAGGUCACUACUAA